AUGGACUAUUUUGGAUUGCUGCCGGAAGGUUGCAUAUCGGAAAUUCUCUCCUUCACUUCACCAGAGGAUACUGCUAGGUUAUCUGUUAGUUCACGAGGAUUCAAGUUUGCUGCUGAAUCCGACGUUGUUUGGGAGAAAUUUUUGCCUUCUGAUUAUCAACAUAUUAUCUCUAAGUCAAACUCUUUAUUGGUUUUUCCUUCCAAGAAAGAGCUUUACUUUAGUCUAUGCGAUUCCCCUAUUCUCACUGAUGGAGGCAAAAUGAGUUUUUCACUGGAUAAGAAAACCGGGAAGAAAUGCUUUAUGGUGGCAGCAAGAGAACUUGCUAUUUCAUGGGGUGAAGAACCAAAUUAUUGGGAAUGGUUAUCUCACCCGAAUUCCAGAUUUUCAGAAGUGGCUCAACUCUGGUAUGUCUGUUGGCUUGAAAUCCGAGGCAAGAUUGGGACUAAGAUACUGUCGAAAGGGACCAAAUAUGUUGCUUAUCUAGUGUUCAAAUUGGAAGUUGAAUUUAUGGGCCUUGACACUGUCGAUGCAGUUGUUAGAUUUGUUGAUUCUCAGAGUGACACUGAAGUUGAUGAACGAACUAGCGUUGUGAGUCUUUCAGGACUAGGACCUAGUGAGAAGCUACCCUUGAGUAGAGGCGAUGGAUGGAAGGAAAUAGAAAUGGGAAACUUUUUUAAUGAUAAAGGAGAGGAUGGAGAAGUUGAAGUGCGAUUGAUGGAUAUUAGGGGUCACGUAAAAAGUGGCCUCAUCAUCCAAGGAAUAGAGUUUCGACCAGAAUGAAGAAGAGAAGAAUCCUCUUAGUAUGCCUUGCCUAGUUUUGGUCUCAUUUGGAUUGUUUCAAAUACUUCUAUAUAUGUGAAAUUUGAUGCACACAAAACCUCAUUUGAUUUUUAUGAUUAUAUAAGUGAAAUUUGGCACAUGUUUGUAGCAUCAUUUUCUGCAUUCUGUUUCAAUCAACUCUAUUUUUUCCUCCCUCAUUGUAAGGAAAACCAUAUAGUUAUGCCUUGAUUUACAUUUUUCCCUUUAAUUAAUAGUUCUCC